AUGACCAUUCCAAAGAAAUGUGAAAAUGAGGCCAAAGAGGAGGGAAUGACAUCGAUAACCACAACGAACCAAGGAAAUUUUCUUCUACAUGUGGAAGACGAAGUGGAUGUCGAUUCUGUGAUCUUUUCGGACCGAGGAUCUCCCUGGAAAACAACACAUGAUGCUACGUCCCAAGUUUCGCCCUCUACCUUUGGCACUGGGGUAUCUAGCAUCAUGGAAUCUCUAUCUCCCAAAGAUCUGGCAGCAUUGGCAAGCCUCCUUAAGCCACUCUUGGCAAGUCAGAAUAAUGAAAGAAAGCACAAAGCAAAGGGUGGUGAUUUGGAAGAAUGUGCAUUACCUCCAUUGCGGACACACGGGGAGACAUUUUUCAACGAAGAUGAGAACGAAGACAAGAAUGAAGAAGAGGCAGACAAGGCAAAAUGGCAUGCUAGCUUUGGUGAGAGUAUCUAUUCUCUCUUCUAUUUGUGCAGUGUCAAUAGUUGGGCCUUUUGGUAUGCAGCAUUCGUUUAUGCCCUUCAAAUCACAACCAUUCUGCUGACAAUGAUUGAUGUAGUCGACUGGGGUGGCAAUGGGCUCAUCUUGCCGUCUAUGGUUGACUUGAGUGUCACGAUUGCUCAAGGAGUCGCACUUUUCCAAGCUGUAGCUUUUCAGUCUGACCUCAUUCAGGUUGUCAUGAAAUUCAAAGACGGCUUCCACCCAGAAGUACUGGAAACACAUCCUGGAGCAACCUACUCCACAUGGCUUGUCUCCUGCCUUGCUCAGCUAUUUGCCGGGCUCCUUCUGCUAAUAGUGACAAUCUUCAUUUUGGUCACGCAAGUUGAUAGUGUCUUGGAUAUUAUGCUCAACUUUGCUGCACUCGAGUUCAUGGCAGACAUCGAUGAUGUGGCGUUCACCCUUGCAAAGUCUGGUCUCAUUGGUAGCAGCACCCAAAGGGCCGUAUAUGAAGUAGCCAACCUGAAAAUCCCGAAACGAAAAACCACAAAUGCAUUUGUUUCCUCCCUUGGAACCUUCAAUGGCAUGUAUGAUUUAGAUUUCUCUGGUGGCUUUCUGUUAGAGCGACGUGGCCGGUAUGUGGAGAGACGCUCCAUUGAAAUUGAUACACCGGGUAGGGGUGUUUUUGCGUACUGUGAUGACAUCAAGGCUUGGACUUUUCAAGUGGAGAGGAAAAAUAUUACUCAGGAUAGAGAUGCCUGCAGUUGGAUUGCUAGAUCUGCAGAAACAGCUACUUUUGAUAUCAAAGAGACAGCAUCAAUCCAGUGGUUUGUACGGGACAACACAUUGCAUGAAGUUGUUCAUGAACCAUUCAGCCUUUUCUGUUUUGAUUGCACCAGUGAUGAGGAAGGAAGCGAUGAUUGUGGAGGGAAAGGAAUCUGCACUAAUGCUGUCUGUGACUGUGAAGAUGGCUUGUAUGGGCUCAGAUGUGAGUUUGUCAGCCCAUGCCCUUGGAUCACAAUUGACGCUCGAACAGAAAAGUUUGCGACUACAAGAGACUGGUCAACUGAAUAUGAAUUCAUUGAAUUGAGCAACGGUGAACUGGUGGAAUUCUAUCACAGGCCAGUCUACGUCCAUGAAUAUGAUGGUGGCGAAUAUGAUGUUGUCAUGUUCACAGGGGCGCGGUGGGCCUUGACCUCUUCUGAGUUCCUCUUACAUGGUGGAAGAAUACCAGACAGGAAGCUUUCCAAUGGUCAAGAAGGCGUUGGUUCGGACAUUGGAAACUUCUUCGAGCAUUUCUUCCAUGCGUACAAUGGCUACUUUGGCAACUACACGGUUGCCUUUCUCAGUGAUUACAUGCAAGUGGGAACGCAGCUGGACUCAAAUUCUCCUGUCAGUUUGUCUUGGUAUAAUGCGGUAGCAAAAGAGGCUACAGCUGAAAAUAAGAACCAGGAAACCGGCAAAUUGAUUGAUUCAGAGUUUCUCUGCCAUGUUUGUCAGGAUGAUUCAAACCCGUACCUGUAUGAUGGAAAGUGCAACAAUGGGACAUGUGAAUGCUCUCAAGACUCUUUCGGGGGGCGGUGUGAAAUCCCUCCAGUGAAAAAUGGUCACUGUGACCCCUUUUUCAACACAUCUGAGUUCAAAAUGGACGGCGGCGACUGCUGUGAAUCCACCUGCCAGAGCACACCUCAAUACACUUGUGGUGCCGCAGAAGAUGGUUAUGUCAGCACGGGAUACUACUACUGUAAGCAACCAAAGAAUACGUGGGAAAGCAGUCUCUUGAAUGGAGCUGCUGGCUCCUUCUCUGGUUUUGCAGUGGAUCUUUCAUUGACGUCGAUGGUUGUGGUAGGGGACAGUGUGCAGAUAUAUGACAAGGUUGGGCCAUCCUGGAUACUCCGAGAUACUAUCUUGGGGGACGUAAUAUCCGACAGUGUAGCCCUCUCUUCUGGACCCUUCAAUAGUGGUCAGCAACCCAAGCUUCAUAGCCCCCUUAACAAUUGCUGCCCAAUUCAUAUCUACAAGUGCAAUCAUGAUGGCUGCACUCAAACUCAGGAGUUCCCAUUGGUCAGUGACUUUGCUUUGUCAGAUGAUGGGACUGUUCUCGCAAUGUCCCUAUGGAUAUCAUUUGAGGAGGCUCCCAAAGUGAUUCAAGUCUAUGAGGCCCAAGAGGGAUUAUUUGAGUUCCGCACAAAUGUAACCAUCACAAGAAAUGGCACCCUGGCUGGUUUCUAUUCCUUGUCUCAUUAUCUUUACUCUGAGUUUUUCUCUGAGUACAUUGUUGUGAUGGCCUGGGAUGAGUUGAGUCGUGAUUAUGCUGCCGAGACUGAGUUCCGCUUUGAGUCUGAUGUGUACACAUUGUCCCCCUUGUCAUUGGCAUUGAACCAAGAUGGCACUGUCCUUGCGUAUGGCUUCCCUGAGUGUCAAGGCACCCAGCUUCACAUUUUUACUUGCAAUGAUGCUGGCGUUUGGGUACCACGGAGGGCUCCACAGAUGAGCACCACUGGCUGCGAUGAGAUUCAGUCAGGGUAG